AUGUCUCUCCGCAAGACCGCUACUCUCUCCUCCGGCGCCACCAUCCCCACCCUGGGAUACGGUACCUGGCAGUCCGCCCCUGGCGAGGUCGGCCGUGGCAUCUUCGAGGCCCUCAAGGCUGGCUACCGUCACCUCGAUCUGGCCCUGAUCUACCAGAACCAGAAGGAGGUCGCCGAGGGCAUCAAGCAGGCCUACAAAGAGAUCCCUGGCCUCAAGCGCGAGGACAUCUUCAUCACCUCCAAGCUGUGGAACAACCGCCACCGCCCCGAGGAGGUCGAGAAGGCUCUCGACGAGACCCUGGCCGAGCUCGAGCUCGACUACCUUGACCUCUACCUCAUCCACUGGCCCGUUGCCUUCCCCGCCGGCGACUCCCUCUUCCCCCUUGCCCAAGGCGAUGACAGCCAGGUCGCCCUCGACCAGGGUGUCUCUCUGUCCGACACAUGGAGGGCCAUGACCAAGCUCCCCAAGACCAAGGUCCGCACCGUCGGCGUCUCUAACUUCACCAUCGAGCAGCUCGAGACCGUCAGCAACGACGUCGGCCAGGUCCCCGCUGUCAACCAGAUUGAGCGUCACCCCAAGCUGGACCAGAAGGACCUGAACGAGUACUGCGACAAGAAGAACAUCCACAUCACCGCCUACUCUGCCUUUGGCAAUAACAACUUUGGCUUUCCCCUUCUCAUCAACACCCCCGAGAUCAAGGCCGUCGCCGACCGCCUCGGCAAGGCCAAGGGCACCGAGGUCACUCCCGCCCAGGUCAUUCUCGCCUGGGCCCAGAUUGGCGGACGCAGCGUCAUCCCCAAGUCCGUCACCCCUUCGCGCAUCCACGCCAACUUCCAGGAGAUUGAGCUCGACGACGAGGCCGUCAAGGAGAUUGCCAAGAUUGGCGAGCAGCCCCAGCGCUACAAUGUGCCCAUGACCUACAAGCCCAAGUGGGACAUCAACAUCUGGAAUGACGAGAAGGAGAAGGACGCCAAGAACAAGCCCGUCCUCAAGGUUUAA